AUGCCUGUUGGAAUCAAGACACCCGUCAAUCAAAUCAAGCUGACCAACGUGUCGCUUGUGCGCAUGAAAAAGGGCAAGAAGCGCUUCGAGAUCGCAUGCUAUAAGAACAAAGUUCUCGAGUGGCGCAGCGGCGUCGAAAAAGACCUCGACAAUGUCCUCCAAAUCCCAAACGUCUUUAUGAAUGUUAGCAAAGGCCAAGUCGCCAACUCACAAGAACUGGCCAAGUCGUUUGGCGCCGACAAAUCCUUGGAUGACAUUAUCCUCGACAUCCUAAACAAAGGCGAACUGCAGGUCGGGGAGAAGGAGCGCAACGCGCAAAUGGAACGUGUGCACAACGAGGUCAUCGAUAUCGUCGCCGGCAAACUCGUCGAUCCCAAGACGAAGCGCGUCUACACAACUGGCAUGAUUGAGAAGGCGUUGGAUCAGCUUCAGUCGCAAACGGCGCAGGCUCCGAGUAGUGGUACCGCCACUCCCACGGAAGAUUCCGGCAAGAAGGAGCUUCCCAAAUGGUCCGGCGUCGCCACCAACAAGUCGGCCAAGUCGCAGGCUCUGGAAGCCAUGAAGGCAUUGAUCGCCCACCAGCCCAUUCCCCUCGCCCGCGCCCGCAUGCGGCUACGCAUCACCUGCCCGACGAGCGUCCUCAAGCAGGCCGUCAAGGCGCCAAAGGACAAGGCCGCAGACGAGGACGAGGAGAAGAAAACCCCCGGCACCGUCAAGGACCGCAUCAUCAGCUACGUCGAGCAGGUCGAGUCGCAGGAUGUCGUAGGCGAUGAGUGGGAGUGCAUGGGUUUCGUCGAGCCGGGUGCUUUCCGAGCCCUGUCCGAGUUCAUUAGCGGGCAGACCAAGGGACGUGCAAGAGCAGAAGUGCUGGACAUGGCUGUCAUGCAUGAGGAUUGA